AUGUCUUCUUCAUCUCCUAUAACAACUGCUCUUAACUUGAUUGAAGUUCUUGAAAAGAUAAUUUAUCAUAUUUCAAAUGAUAAGAAUAAUUUAAGUACUCAACAUUCCGCGUUACUAGUAAAUCGUAAGUGGUGUCGAAUCACCACAAAAUUUAUAUGGAGUGCGCCUUUUUCUUAUGAGAUUUUUCCAAAGCGACUUUGUAAAAUUAUUCCAAUUUAUAUGUCAUUUUUACCUCCGAACGUGAUUGAAUAUUUGAAGAAAAAUGAAGUU